GAUGAAGAUCUCAAUUAUGCUUUUGCUAGUGGCAAUUAGCGCUAUUGGAAAUGCAUACUUUAUUCCAAAUGUUAAGUGUGCAUGCUAAUAGAUAUUAAUAUAAUCAGAAUGCAACAAUUGGAAUUGUUAAUGGAAUUAAGUUACUCCUGCAACAGCUACAACCCCAGCAACAGGAUACUGUUAAUAAGCAACUUGUGGAACAUUAAAUUAAGAAUAAUGCAAAAAUGAAAGUGAAAGAUGCUACUACUAAGAACCAGGUCCUAAUCCGACAACAUCUUAAGUUUGUUAUGAAUUCUCAAAAUGUGAGGAUAUAAUUUUAAGUAAUGGGACUACAUGCCAAAAGACUAAUCCUAAAUGCGUGGCUUCACCACCAUAAUUACAACCUAAAUUUCAGUGUAUAUCAGCAGGAUUAACAUGCUCAGGAUUAAGCUUGGAAUAAUGCUCACCACCCUAAAGUUAGACAUUGGCAGGUGAAGGUUUAUGUUAUUGGAAUGGAAACUCCUGUAAAGUUGUAAGUUAAUGUUCAGAACUAACCACUAUAACUUUAUGUUAAAUGAAAAAAUUUUAAAAUGCUUGUUAAUGGGUAGGGUCAGCAUGUAUUGCUUUAACUUGUGCAUCAUUUACAACUUAAGAUACAUGCACAUUUUAUUAAUAAGCAACAUUGAGUAGCUCUCCUAUUUAGAUUUGCAAUUGGACAGGUACUAAUUGUAUACCAGCCACUCCAUAAAUGUUAUAAAGUAGUAAUUGUGGUUAAAAUACUAAUAAUCAUUAUAGAUGGGUACCUAUGAAUGCAAGUAGUGGUAUUUGUGCAUAAUGCAACCCAUACAAAUACGUAUUUCGUAAUUAGUGUGAAUGUAAACAGUUGUUGUAAGCAAAUGAAUGCACUAGUUCUAAAAGUUGCACAUGGAUACCACCUGCUGGAACAACUCCUGGUUAUUGUCAACCUACUCAAUGCACUUCUUUUGCAGAUUAAUAAACAUGUGCAUAAGUUUAAGGAUGUUAUUGGAACAUUAAUGCAUAAUCACCUGGCUGUUAAACUUUUAGUACUUGCAGCAAUAUUGUAGGUUAAAAUGCAUAAAUAUGUUAUUCAUAAUCAAUUUAUUGUCCAGGAUCAAAUGGAACUAAUUGUUAAUCUUAAUAAUAAUUGAAUUCAUGUGCAACAAUUGUUACACCAAUGCAACCUAAUGUUUGUUUUAAUUCUAUUGGCAAAGAUGGAUAUUGUACUUAUGAAGGUAAUUAAUGUGUUAGCGUUAAACAAUGCUCAUAAUUAACUACAUUAUAAUUAUGUAAUUAAUUUAGUAAUUCUUGCGUUUGGAAAACUGGUAGUUAAAAUUCCUGCUAAAGUAAAACAUGUUAAGAUUACCUUACUGAAUCUAGUUGUACUUACAUACAAAAUAAUAUCAAUAAUAAUAUCAUAAAUGUUUGUACUUGGAAUCCAGAUACUAAAAAGUGCAGUUCUUUUGAUAAUUCAUUCAGUUACGAUGUUAAUUCAUGUUUUAAUUCUACAGGAAGAACUCAUCAUUGGAGUGAACCAUCCAAUGCUCAAAAAGGAUUUUGUUUACCAUGUCAUUAUUCUAGUGUCUUAAAUGUCAAAUCUAAUUGUUCUUGCAGUGAUUUAACAAAUUAUACUGAUUGUGCCUUGUCAUCUCCUAAAUGCUAUUGGAAUGCUGCAAGUUCUACAUGCUCAAAUUAAAAUUGUCCAUAAUUAACAAGUUAAGGUUAAUGUGUCUUGAGUAAAUAUUGUUAUUGGAGUAAUUCUCAAGGUUGUUAACCAUUAGGUUCAUCAUCUACCACAUGUUCUACAUUAACUGCAAACACUUAAUAAGAAUGUUUAAGUCAAUCUAUUUUAUGUGCAGGAAUUAGCAGCAACGGUAAAUGUUAAUCAAGCCCUAAUUCUUGUGGUGAUUUUACUACAUUCUAUUAAUGUUUUGGUUCAGUUGGUACUGAUGGUAUUUGCUAAUGGAAUCAAACUUCAUUGAAAUGUUAAGGUAUCAGCAGUUGCAAUAUGAUCAAUACCUCAGCUUAAUGUGAAUUAGUACUUAAUACUUGUUAUUGGGGUAACUCAGGCAAUGGAACUAAUACGUGUAUGCCAUAUAAUUGCACAACUCUAUAUACAUAGACUUAAAGUUGCAAUUUUUAUUUAAGCACUCCUAAUUAAAAUUAUGAAGUAAAAUAUUGUUAAUUAAAUGGAUAAACUUGUGCAGACGCAUCUAAUUUAUCAAGUUUAACUUCAUCUAAUUGCUAUGCUUCAUCUGGAGGAACCGCUAGAUGGGAUGCAGAUAAAGGAAAUGGAACUUGUGUAUAAUGCUAUGCUUAAAUCAUCAGUGUCCUUUUCAUCAUCUUAAGUUACAUGUUUUGAG